CACGCCGGGAUGCUGGCGGAGCGGGCGGGGCUCGCUGAGGCGGGAGCGCUCGGUCCUGUCGCGGGUGGCGGUGUCGCCGGUCGCGAUGCUCCGUCGGAAGCCGACGCGGCUGGAGCUGAAGCUGGACGACAUCGAGGAGUUCGAGAGCGUGCGGAAGGAGCUGGAGAGCCGCAGGAAGCAGCGGGACGAGGCGGAGGCGGCGGCGGGGGGCGAGGAGGCGGCGGCGAUCGGAGCGCUGGGCACGGAGCACAAGAGCCGCGAGCAGCUCAUCAAUGACCGCAUCGGGUACAAGCCGCAGCCCAAGGCCGGCGGCCGCACCGCGCACUUCGGCACCUUCGAGUUCUGACGGGGCGACCCGCUCUGAGCUGUUCCGUUUUCUGGUUAACAUGUCCGUGAACGCCCCUUGGCCGAGUGUUCCGUUUUAAAUAAAUAUCUAUUCCUUUUUUUUUU